UCUGGCUUUGAUUUGGCAACCGAUGCUACAUUGACACAAACAAACAAGAAAAGAAUAAUUGAUUCUAUUGUCUAAGCAAUGAAGGAGUUGUUGUUCCUUACACGCUACAACUGGUCAAAUGAGUCUCGAUUGAAACUUUCAAGCAAUUGGAUUAUGCAGCAAUCUGAUGAUGGCGACCUCUUCAGUAUCUGGUCAUGUAAACGCUUUCAGUAGGUGGAGCUGCAAAAAGGGCCAUCCUACAAAUUGAGUGGGAUUGCAGUUGUAAGUUGUGAGGAAUCCCAGGUUUCGCAGUUUGCAACUGCUACAUUAAAGAAAAUCUCAACAACAAUAGGCGGAGAAAUUGAGAUGGGGGAUCAGAGCAUUGGCUAUACUCCAGAGGAAGCAAUUUCCGUGAUCGGAUUUGGGAAGUUCCAGGGGCUCAUACUGGUUUUUGCUGGACUUGGUUGGAUUUCGGAGGCAAUGGAAAUGAUGAUUCUCUCGUUCGUUGGAGUAGCAGUCCAAUCUGAGUGGGGACUCUCUCCUGCUGAAGAAAGCUUGAUAACAUCUGUGGUUUUUGCUGGUAUGCUAGUUGGAUGUUCCUUUUGGGGCAUCAUAUCUGAUGCAUAUGGAAGAAGGAAAGCCUUUAUUGGUACAAUGAUAUUAGUGGCUGUUGCUGGAAUCUGUAGCUCUUUAUCCCCAAGUUAUAAGUUAUUUUUGGUAUCUCGUUGUAUGCUUGGUUUUGGUGUAGGAGGGGGACAAGUAUUUGCAGCUUGGUUUAUGGAGUUCAUUCCCACAGCUAAUAGAGGUGUUUGGGUAAUCGCACUCACGAGUUUCUGGUCCUUUGGAUCAGUAGUUGAAGCUUUACUUGCAUGGAUUAUCAUGCCAAGAUUUGGUUGGAGAUGGCUAAUAGGUUUAUCUUGUUUACCAUCUUUCAUUGUACUCCUCCUUUCUGGGAUUACACCUGAGUCGCCGAGGUAUCUCUGUGUGAAAGGAAAAAUGGAGGAAGCCCAGAAGAUAUUGGCAAAAGCAGCAGCCAUGAACAAGACAAUACUUCCUCCUGGAAUGCUUAUCUUAGAUCGAACAGCAAAGAUAGAUGAACAUUAUCCGUUAUUAGAUACUUCUCUUCUGUCUUCAGCAAGAGAAAGGAAGUGUAGUUCAGAUAAUUACUUAUCAUCAUUGUUUAUGAUAUUCUCAUCAAAACUAAGGAAGACAACUCUUCUCCUAUGGUUUCUAUACUUCUCUAAUACAUUUUCAUACUACGGAAUUGUAUUAUUGACAUCUGAGCUGAGUAGUAACCAAAUUAAUUGUAGUUCAACCAUUAACAUUUUGAAGAGUGCAAAGGAUGCUAGCCUCUACAGAGAUGUAUUUAUCACAUCUUUUGCAGAUUUAGCCGGGCUUGUUAUAUCUGCAGCUAUUCUUGACAGAUUAGGCCGGAAGCUCACCAUGAAGAUUUUAUGUUCUUUAGGUUUUAUUCUGCUUCUACCACUGGUUGUGCAUCAGAAUGAGAUUCUGACAACAGCUCUAUUAUUUGGCUCUCGCAUGUUUGUUAUGUCAUCAUCCAAUGCUGUUGUUAUAUACUCAAGGGAGGUUUAUCCAACUUCAGUGAGGGCAACUGGUGUUGGAAGUGCAACAUCUAUUGGAAGGAUUGGUGGAAUGAUAUGCCCUCUUGUAGCGGUUGGCUUAGUCAGGGAUUGCCAUCAAACAGCAGCAAUUGUUCUUUUUGAGGCUGUGAUACUUCUCACAGGAUUCUGUAUGCUUUUCUUACCUAUAGAGACUGGUGGAAAAGGAUUGAGUGACACCACAAGUUUGUUGAAUGAGGAGUAGAUUAUCCUUUGCCAUGACUGCAAGAGUUCAUAAUAUCACAAAAGAUUGGUAAAUGCACCACUUGCAUACCUGCUGGCAACAGACAUUGAUGGAAGAAAAAGAUGACAAUUUUUUCCCUCAUCAUGAAUGAUGGAUUCCAAAGUUGAGCACGAUCCAAAUUGACUUCCACCCUAGCUUUUAUUGUUCUCUGUUAAAAUCCCAUGUUGGUAAAACAUGUAUUUGUUCCAUUUUUCAUCACCUAAUAAACACGCAUUACAAUUUGCUUUGCCUA